CUACAUUUCUGUGUGAGCCCAAGUUUUCUUCAUAUGCUUCAAGCAAAACAACACAUAACAACAGAUUGAAUGCAGAAGGAGCAUAGACUUCUUCCCAAGACUCUUGGUGGAAGGACGCGGCAGAAGAAGGGAGUCCUUGGAGCCAGCCAGGCUCAGCCUGGAGCCAGCUUCCGGAGCAGCGGCUGCCGGCGGUCGGGCGGUGAAGAGCCUCGGGCGCGGCCUCGCCUCCCCGGCCGGGCGCCCGCAUCAGCACCGCGGAUAGCACAGCGGCAGUCGCCAGUACCUAGGCGUCCUCCGGCCCUCCAACUAGCCGGGCCCGCGGCGUCCGCAUCAGCACCGCGGACAGUGCCCCGGGCCCCAUCUCGCCGCGGCCAGCCCACCUGCUUCCCGAGUCAGCACCGCGGACAGCCCCCGUUCACCGGCCUCGCAGCAGGCUCGGAGUGGUCAGCGCCCCUGGAACAUGGCCACUGA